AUACGAACAAUGUAACUUUCCUUGAAUUAGUUGUUUUCCCUUAAAUAUGCUGCGUAGGGUAGCUUGUUUCCUUGUUUUGAAUGGAUAGAGAAGGGAGCAUAAACAAAGAGACGCCAAAGCCGCAUCUGCAAAAGGGAUUAAGGAGAGAGAUAGUGAUGGCCUCGUGUCAUGGAUCACAAGUCACGGCGAAAGAAACAAGUCUUUGAUCGUGGCUUGGUAGAGCAAGAGGCCCACCCGAAUCAAAGCAAGCACGCUGCGACGACGGAUUUCGUCGACAAACGAGGUUUGUGCACUAAAUGCUUCGAAUUCCAAUCAAACCAGGUGCUUUUGUGUUCCUGGCAACCAACUUGUAAGCGGACUCAUAUCAAAAUCAAAAUCCCAAAGGGGGUCACCCCUUUGCGUGCUUUAGUGAGGAGGCUGAUAGAGACAUUUCCCCCUCACAUAUUCGAAGCAGUCUUGCAUUUGAAGACUAUGCACUGAAGCACACAGAAGCGAUGAUUUGGGCGGCAAAUCAACAGUUGAGAAGGUGGAAGAGAACUCGUAUAUGGGCAGGAAUGCUUUUUGGUUGCAUCAUCUUCCUAUUCUUCACUCCCAAGAUCCCUCGCUCUCCUUACCACCACCAUUUUCUUGACAUGCGCAAUCUUCUCGGAGUUCCUAGCACUUUGAAUGUGAUCACAAAUUUCCCAUUUUUGGUUGUUGGUGUUCUGGGCUUAGUUUUCGCCCUUGAAGGCGGUGUUUUUAACAUAAGCAAUGGGUUUUUCAGUUCUCAAGGGGAGGCUUUUGCCUGGGCGCUGUAUUACGCUGGAAUAUUAGGGGUUGCUUUUGGCUCUGCCUAUUACCAUUUGAAGCCAGACAAUAGUCGAGUUUUAUGGGACACUUUGCCGAUGAUGGUGGCCUACGCCUCACUUUUCUCUUGUCUGGUUAUUGAAAGAAUUGGCCAGAGGAUUGGAUUAUGUUGUUUGUUUACGCUUCUUUUCGCUUCCUUUCUCAGUGUAGCUUAUGAACGGAUUUAUAGUGAUAUAAGGUUCUGCGUGAUAUUCCAGUUGAUUCUUCCUUUCGCUAUUCCAGGAGUGGCUUUUGUGUACCCUUCGAAAUAUACUCACUCAACAUAUUGGUUUUGGUCAACGGGCCUUUACCUGCUGGCAAAAUUUGAAGCUGCUGCUGACAAGAAAAUAUAUGAUGUAAAUAACUACGUUAUCAGUGGGCAUUCUUUGGGGCAUUUGUGCUCAGCACUGAUCCCAAUUUUAUUUAGUGUAAUGCUCAUCUACAGGGAACUCAAGUUUCAAAGAUUGGGUGCCCUCAAAGAUCGACCUUGAUGAGGUGGAUAGAAUCAAUGAAGGCAUUUAUGUGUGAAUUGUGAUUGCUCCUCAGAGUCCGCAAAUUCGAAGGGUCUUCUCAAGCCAGCGAAUUUGGCUGAAGACUUGAACCAAAUUCCCAUUAAUAGUUCCCUUGAAUCCUGUUUUUACUUCCCUUUGGUGGAGGAUCUGCAAAUUAGAAGUUCUCCUCAGUGUCUUCUCAAACUAUGGUGUCUGGCUGGAGAACCAUAUUCCCUUUCCCUUGAAUACUGUUUUACUUUACCUUGGUGGGAAUCUGCGGAAACCUAACUGCACUUGCCUUGUGGCCCCCUAUAAGGGUGGGACAUGGGAGUUUAUGCAUUUUGGGUUGCUAGGAAAUAUGUGUUAGAAGACUUGGGGUGAUUGGCAAGAGGUUUCUAACUAGAAUAUGUGGUCCUUGUUAAUUGAGCGUUGCCUUGUCUUAGUGUUACCUCAGAGUGUCACAGAUUAUUGAUCAGUACCCUUCCCGGGGAUUCAAAUUUUUGUGUUGAGCGAUUACUGGUUUCCAAGUUGGUUUGCGUGUUGGAUAUGUGAAUGAGUAAUAUUGCAGAGCUGGGCUGUGAUUUGUUGAUAAUUGUAGAUUGGCAUUUCUUUUGUUUGUUGUCUUGAAUUAUGGAGAUUUUGCAUCAAUCUGGUUUAUGACAUCUUUUUGACGGUGGAGGAGAAUUGCCUGGGAAAGAUAUUCUCCCUUCACAUGCUCUUUCUUUGUCCUGAAACAACUCUAUUGUAGCUGCAUCUAUGUAUUAUUAUAUUUA